UAGGACCAAUACACAGCUUCGAGCUCACCAACUCCACCAUUUCUUGAUAUCGUCGGAAAGGUUCCGAAUACGAUUCCGAACCUAGCCACGCUCGGGCCAAUGACGAGGCUGGAUUGGGAUCAAAAGUGCCAUAGAUGAUGCCACAUCGCAACUUUCCUAUCAGCGAAUAAUCUGCACCGCAGUGCCUGCUUCGCUCUUCUUACACUCCUUUUGCAGUUGGCUUAUUGUGUCACUACAAAAGAUUCCAUUCAGGUCGCGCCUGGCUCGAUAGCUGGCGUGUAUCUCGCCUUCCUCUUUAACCCACUCGAUUCGACCUAACUCGGCGACACUCGUUUCUCAAGCUUCUCUGCCAUGGUGCGCUCGAAGCAGGCGUCGCCUAUGCGGCGCGCGCCUUCCGAUACAUUCAAACAGGCAAAUGGCACGCCACACAGGCUUAGUGAUGUUAUUGAAACCCUGGAGCAUGAGGUUGAACAGGCGGCUGAGCUGCAUGCUCGCAACCCCAAAGAGAUGGAGCGGAAGCAGGGAGGAUUGGUUGCGCUGGCAGUUUGCGUCGCUGGGAUCUAUGCGAGUUUCCUCUCCUGGGCCUUUCUCCAGGAACGAAUCACCACGACGACCUACGGACCUACGCACGCCCGCUUCACCUACUCCAUCUUCCUGAACACUAUACAGUCCGCUUUUGCCGCUCUGACGGGCUACAUCUACCUCGUCUCCUCCUCUCCACGCGAUCCCAAGACUGCGGCCCGCAAGAUCCCCUCCAUCUUCCCCUCCCGCGCCAUCCUCCUCCCUCUCAUCACCAUCGCCAUCACCCAAUCUCUCGCCAGCCCCUUUGGCUACGCCAGCCUAAAACACAUCGACUAUGUUACCUUCAUCCUCGCCAAGAGCUGCAAACUCCUCCCCGUCAUGUUUCUCCACAUCUCGCUCUUCCAGAAACGGUACCCACUGUACAAGUACAUGGUCAUCGGAUGCGUCACGCUGGGCGUCGCAAUCUUCACCCUGCACAACCCGUCGACGGCCAAGAAGGCGGCCAAAAAGGCCGGCGCCGCCAACGCAGACGCAUCCAAGGCGCUCGGCCUGUUCCUCCUUGGCAUCAACCUCCUGUUCGACGGCCUCACGAACACCGUCCAGGACCACAUCUUCACCACCUUCCGCGGCUUCACGGGCCCGCAGAUGAUGUGCGCCCAGAACAUCAUCAGCACGCUCCUAACCGUUGCCUAUCUCCUCCUCUCGCCGUACGUCGCAGGGACACCCCUGGGAUCCUGGAUCGGCCUACCCACGUCCUCCUCCGCCGGCGAACUCAGCGACGCUCUCGCCUUCGUCACCGCGCACCCGGCUGUGGGAUGGGACGUGCUCGCCUUCUCGGCGUGCGGCGCCGUGGGCCAGGUCUUCAUCUUCCACACGCUGGCGCACUUCAGCAGCUUGUUGCUCGUCACGGUGACGGUGACGCGGAAAAUGCUGACGAUGCUGAUGAGCGUGGUGCUGUUUGGGCACAAGGUGACGGGGAUGCAGUGGUUGGGGGUGGGGUUGGUGUUUGGAGGGAUUGGCGCCGAGGCGGUGUUUACGAGGGCGGAGAAGAAGGAGAAGGAGAGGCGGAGGAGGGAAGAAGGGGGGAAGAAGGAGCUUUAGGGGGAGUUUGUUUGAGGAAGGGUUGGUGGAGUUGCGCUGGGGGUUUUGGAUAUAUGGCGCUUGUUUUUCAUACUUCUUUCUCCUUUCACUUCAUUGGUAAAUGCUGAGUACUCGUAGACUGAGUAACUCCAGGCGUCACUUAUAUAUACAGCGAUAGAGGAUAUCCAGUAGAAGGAAGAAAUCGAAUACGGUUCUAACACACAUAUAUAUAUAUAUAUAUAUAUAUAUAUACCGAG